GAAGAAGUAACCUAGCUUCAGCUCUUCGCAUAUCUAAACAUCAAUUCAGGUGAUGUCAUCUGUGCAUCUUACUGUGAAUUCGUCCUGACUUGGGUCUGUCAGUAAAGAUGAAUCGUCCAAAACCCACAACACUGAGGCGCCCUAGUGCUGCCAAAACAUCAGGUCAUCCUCCUCCUGGAGAUUUCAUUGCUCUUGGUUCAAAGAGCUCGUCUGGGGAGCCCAAAGCCCCCACUGUCCUCCUGAAGCCUGCAUCCACUGGUUUACCUGCGGACCGUAAGAGAGAGACCUCCUCCACUUUGCCCUCCUCAUCGGGUCUGUCCACUCUUGCCAAACGGCCCAAACUAUCCACUACCCCACCUGUCAGUGCUCUCGGGCGGCUUGCUGAUGUUGCAGCUGUCGACAAAAGAGCUAUAUCGCCCUCAAUAAAGGAGCCGUCAGUGGUUCCUAUUGAAGUGUCUCCAGCAGUUCUUCUGGAUGAGAUUGAAGCUGCAGAGUCGGAGGGAAAUGACGAUCGCAUUGAAGGAUUGCUGUGUGGUGCAGUGAAACAGCUGAAGAUGAACAGAGCCAAACCUGACAUCACGCUGUACCUCAGCCUCAUGUUUCUGGCCAAAAUCAAGCCUAACGUCUUUGCUACUGAAGGGAUCAUUGAGGCUUUGUGCAGCCUCUUGCGUCGUGAUGCUUCUAUCAACUUUAAAGCAAAAGGCAACAGCCUGGUGUCUGUCCUGGCUUGUAAUCUGCUCAUGGCAGCCUAUGAGGAGGACGAGAACUGGCCGGAGAUUUUUGUCAAAGUGUACAUUGAAGAUUCGCUGGGAGAGAGAAUCUGGGUUGACAGUUCUCACUGUAAGAAUUUUGUGGACAACAUCCAGACUGCAUUUGGGACAAAGAUGCCUCCAAAGAGCAUGCUUCUGCAGGCUGAUACUGGCCGUUCUGCAGGGGAUCUCAGUGCAGGUAGCAGUCCUCAUCCCUCAACUCCAGAUGAAGAUGACAGCCAGACAGAACUGCUGAUUGCAGAGGAGAAACUCAGUCCUGAGGAUGAAGGGCAGGUUAUGCCCAGGUAUGAGGAACUGGCUGAGAGUGUGGAGGACUAUGUGCUGGAUGUUCUGAGGGAUCAGUUGAACCGCAGGCAGCCGAUGGACAACGUGUCUCGAAACCUGCUGCGCCUCCUCACAGCUACAUGUGGCUACAAAGAGGCUCGCCUUAUGGCCGUGCAGAGGCUGGAGAUGUGGCUCCAGAAUCCAAAGCUGACUCGACCGGCCCAGGACCUUCUCAUGUCGCUGUGCAUGAACUGCAACACCCAUGGAGCAGAUGACAUGGAGGUGAUCUCCAACCUGAUAAAGAUCCGUCUUAAACCUAAAGUCCUUCUCAACCACUACAUGCUGUGUGUCAGGGAGUUGCUGAAUGCCCACAGAGACAACCUGGGCACCAUGGUGAAGCUGGUCAUCUUUAAUGAACUGUCCAAUGCCAGAAAUCCCAACAACAUGCAGGUUCUGCACACGGUGCUGCAGCACAGCCCUGAGCAGGCACCCAAGUUCUUGGCGAUGGUGUUCCAGGACUUGCUAACAAAUAAGGACGACUACCUCCGGGCGUCACGAGCUUUGCUCAGAGAGAUCAUCAAACAGACCAAGCAUGAGAUCAACUUCCAGUCUUUUUGUUUUGGUUUAAUGCAGGAGAGAAAAGAGUCCUGCUACGUGGACAUGGAGUUCAAAGAGCGUUUUGUGAUCCAGGUGACGGAUUUGCUCACAGUCUCUAUGAUGCUCGGCAUCACCGCUCAAGUCAAAGAAGCUGGUAUUGCUUGGGACAAAGGAGAGAAGAAAAACCUGGAGGUCCUCAGGUCUUUUCAGAAUCAGAUUGCCGCCAUCCAGAGAGAUGCAGUGUGGUGGCUUCACACUGUGGUUCCUACCAUCAGCAAAGUCGGUGCGAAAGACUACGUCCACUGCCUCCACAAAGUACUUUUCACCGAGCAACCUGAGACCUAUUACAAGUGGGACAACUGGCCUCCAGAGAGCGACAGAAAUUUCUUCCUUCGGUUGUGCUCUGAGGUUCCUCUCCUGGAGGACACUCUGAUGCGCAUCCUGGUGAUCGGGCUGUCCCGUGAUCUUCCUCUGGGCCCGGCGGAUGCCAUGGAGCUCGCAGAUCAUCUAGUGAAGAGAGCAGCCGGAGUUCACUCUGAUGAUUUAGAGGUCCUCAGAGUGGAAAGGAUCCAGCUCAUUGAUGCGGUGCUGAAUCUGUGUACAUACCACCACCCAGAGAACAUUCAGCUGCCAGCAGGGUACCAACCGCCAAAUUUGGCAAUAUCCACUCUCUAUUGGAAGGCAUGGCUCUUGCUGCUUGUGGUGGCUGCCUUUAACCCACAGAAGAUAGGUUUGGCUGCAUGGGAUGGUUAUCCUACACUGAAGAUGCUUAUGGAGAUGGUUAUGACAAAUAACUAUACGUACCCUCCCUGCACUAUUACUGAUGAGGACACAAAGACUGAGAUGAUCAACAGGGAGCUGCAGAUUUCCCAGAGAGAGAAACAGGAGAUCUUGGCUUUUGAAAGCCACUUGGCAGCUGCGUCCACUAAACAGACCAUCACAGAGAGCAACAGCUUGCUGUUGUCUCAGCUUACCAGUCUGGAUCCACAGGGUCCUCCUCGUCGGCCUCCUCCUCAGGUCCAGGAGCAAAUCAAGAGCCUCAACCAGUCUCUACGUCUGGGCCAUCUCCUCUGCAGAAGCCGUAACCCAGACUUUCUUCUCAACAUCAUCCAGAGACAGGCCUCUUCUCAGUCCAUGCCAUGGUUGGCUGACCUGGUCCAGUCCAGUGAGGGGUCCCUGGACGUGCUUCCAGUGCAAUGCCUGUGCGAGUUCCUUCUGCACGAUGCUGCAGACGACAGCUUGCCAGUGGAGGAUGAUGAAGAAGGGGAAAGCAAAGAGCAGAAGGCCAAGAAGAGACAAAGGCAGCAAAAGCAAAGGCAGCUACUAGGACGGCUUCAGGAUCUUCUGUUGGGUCCUAAGGCUGAUGAACAGACCACAUGUGAAGUGCUGGAUUACUUCCUCCGUCGUCUCAGCUCCUCUCAAGUUGCAUCCAGAGUUCUAGCUAUGAAGGGUUUGUCGCUGGUGCUGACCGAAGGAGGCUUGAAAGAUGGAGAGGAGCGUGACCAGCCCAUGGAGGAAGACUCUGCAGAUGCUGAACUAUUGCCAGGGUACCAGUGGCUGCUGCAAGACCUCCCAAAGCUCCCCCUGUUCGACAGUGUCAGGGGCAUGACAUCAACUGCUCUGCAGCAGGCCAUUCACAUGGAAACGGAUCCCCAGACGAUCAGUGCCUAUCUCAUUUACCUUUCCCAACAUGCACCAGUGGAGGAGCAGGCAGCUCAUAAUGACCUGGCACUGGACAUCGCCCGGCUUAUCGUCGAGCGUUCCACCAUCAUGAACAACCUUUUCUCCAAACACUCCACCAGGCCGGAGUCCGAUGCUGUUCUCUCUGCUUUCCUCACUAUCUUCUCUGCGUACAUCAAGAGGAUGAGGAAAACUAAGGAGGGCGAGGAUCUUUACAGCUGGUCCGAGUCUCAGGACCAAGUUUUUCUGCGCUGGACUACAGGGGAAACCGCUACAAUGCACAUCCUUGUGGUCCAUGCAAUGGUUAUUUUGCUCACGCUGGGACCACCCAAAGGAGAGAGUGAUUUCUAUGCUCUGUUGGACAUUUGGUUUCCUGACAAGAAACCUCUACCCACUGCUUUCCUGGUCGACACCUCGGAGGAGGCCCUUCUCCUGCCCGACUGGUUGAAACUGAGGAUGAUCCGAUCUGAGGUCUCUCGACUGGUUGAUGCAGCUUUACAAGACCUGGAGCCUCAGCAGCUGCUUCUGUUUGUUCAGUCCUUUGGUAUUCCGGUUUCCAGCAUGAGUAAACUUCUGCAGUAUCUGGAUCAGGCAGUGUCUCACGAUCCACAGACCCUGGAGCAGAACAUCAUGGACAAACACUACAUGGCCCACUUGGUUGAGGUGCAACAUGAACGAGGUGCCACUGGGGGGCAUACUUUCCAUACUUUACUGAGUUCAUCUCUUCCUCCAAACAGAGAUUCUUCUGAAACUAGUAAGGUCAAAGUUACAGUUGAACCUCCUCAUAGCUCUCUGAAGAUGAGAGCAGCCAGCCAGCUUCCUGCGGUAGGACCUGAUGAUGAUCUCCCUGGCAUGUUGCUUCAGAUAUUUCCUUUAAAAGUGGAUCCUCGCUGGCAUGGCCCUCCCCCCAGCCAGCUCUCUCUAGCCCUGCAGCAGGCUCUGGCUAAAGAGCUGAUGCGAGCCAAGCAGGGUCAGAUCCAGCAGGGAGGCCUGGCCUUUCGUCUCCUGCAGGCCAUCACGGCCCUGCUCACGUCUGCUCACGCAGGACCCAUCGUCAUGUCGAUGCACCGCAGCCACGCUCUCUCCUGCCCUCUGAUGCGGCAGCUUCACCUCUACCAGCGCCUUGUGUCUCAGGACAUCACAUUCUCCUCACUCUUCCUCAAUGUCAUUGUGGAGAUGUUGAAAUGGUUAGACAACCCAACCAUGGAGGCAGGACCUCUGAAGAGCCUGCUCAAAUCAUUUGCUGGUCAGAGUUCCCACAAACACAGGCACAGUGACGUGCGAACAGGUUUCAUCCACCUGGCGGAAGCUUUGGCCUAUCGCAGCGACACUGAAGCACCACUGAGGGCCGUCAUAGCGAUGCUGAAAGCUGGGGAGCGUUGCAAUGCGGAAGCUGAGCUAAUUGGCAAGGUGUUACAAGGACUGAUGGAGGUGAAGUCGCCUUAUUUAGAGGAACUUCUGUCUCUCUUGAUGACCGUUGGUACACAAAACGGGACAGCCGGCCCUGUUGCCAUGGUGAUUUCUUUGCUCCUUCAGGAGAGCGAAGAGCGAGUUGUGAAGAAGGAAGCAGAUCUGAAGAGUGGCUCGGAGGUAUCAAAGUCUGGACUGAGCUCAGGGCUGCUGGUAGACUGGCUAGAGCAUCUCGACCCUGAGGUUACUUCAGUGUGUCCAGACCUCCAACAGAAACUGCUGUUUGCCCUCAACAAGGCACGAGGAACCCCAGCCUACAGACCUUAUCUUCUGGCCUUGCUCACCCAUCAGUCAAACUGGUCCACCCUGCUGCAGUGUAUCAGUGCUCUGCUCAGCAAGCGCAGAGACUACAAAAUAGAUCCAUCCUCGGCUCUUGACUUCCUCUGGGCGUGUAGCCAUAUUCCACGUAUCUGGCAGGGCCGCGACCAAAAGAUACCUCAAAAGAAAACUGAGAAGUUUGUGCUACGACUCAGCUCAGAGGAGCUCAUCAGCCUGGUGGAUCUGAUCUUGUCAGAGUCGGAACUCAACAGUCGCAGCUCCCCCCACGAUGAGCAGACCUCCUGCUCCCUCAUUCAGUCCAGACUCCCUCUCCUCCACUCUUACUGUAACGGGACUUUAGAGGACAUCAAGAAAGUGUCAGAAUACCUUAUCAACUGCACAAAGAAGUGGGAAGACAGUGCAAUGAGCAAGCAGUGCCAGAACCUGCUUCUGCAGAUCUAUCUUCACUUCCCUGAAGUUAUCCGACAAGUUACUCUGCCCGAAGGCACCUUCAGCAGCGGAGGAGCCUCGGAUGGCAGCAGCUGCAAGCUGGACGUCCUGGUACACCGCCUGGUCACGCUGCUCGCUGAUGUGGGAGACUCCAAAUCUGCUGAGGGCCGCAUGUCCGACGCCAAUCUUGCCUGUAGAAAGCUGGCUGUGUCACACCCUGUCCUUUUAAUCAGACACCUGCCGAUGAUUGCAGGCCUCCUACACGGCUGCAUGCACCUAAACAUGCUGGAGUUUCGGCAGCAAAACCACAUGACAUUGUUUAGCAACGUGCUGGCCAUCCUGGAGCUGCUUCAGCCGCUUGUGUUCCACAGUGACCACCAGAGGGCGCUUCAAGACUGCCUCCUGUCCUUUAUGAAAGUCCUUCAGAACUUCCAGAGGACUCGCUCUCCGCUGGUCUUCAUUAACAAGUUCCUUCAGUUCACACAGAAGUACAUAACACAUGAUGCAGCGGCAGCCAUUCCCUACCUGCAGAAGCACUCUGACAUUCUGCAAAGUCUGUCUGCUGAAAAUCCAGACCUGGUCCAACUGAAAUCUCUGCUAGCCGGACUCACUUUGCCCGUGAAAAGCUCGUCUGCAGAGGUUCCAGCAGAGGACAGAGAUGAUGACUUGUCGACUGGUUCUCUGCCUCUCGUCAACAUAUCUGCUCCGUUUUCACUCAGUGCUGCAGACAUGACCAUUUACUUAAAGAAGAUGUCCAAAGGAGAGGCAGUGGAGGAUGUGUUAGAGGUGUUGAUGGAGGUGGAUGAGAAGUCAAGGAGGAGCCCAGAAAUCGUACAGUACUUUACUAACGACCUGCAGAGACUCAUGACUUCGUCUGAGGAGUUGUGUCGAAACAUGGCCUUCAGCCUGGCCCUGCGCUGCAUCCAGAAUAACCCCUGCCUGGCAACAGACUUCCUGCCGACUUUCAUGUACUGCAUGGGUAGCGGUAACUUUGACGUGGUGCAGACUGCGUUGAGGAAUCUUCCAGAGUACGUGCUUCUCUGUCAGGAGCACGCAGACAUCUUGCUCCACAAGGCGUUUUUGGUGGGUAUCUACGGACAGAUUGACACCAGCUCAAUGAUCUCAGAGUCCAUGAAGGUCCUGCAUAUGGAAGCGACAAUAUAACAACUGCUCAUCUGACUGAGAACGGAAUCAUUCGUUCUCCCCAUUCCAGAGUUUCUUUAUUGUCUUUAAAUUGACUUUAGUUCAAAUGUUUUUCUAAUUUGGUCAUCACAGAUUAACAGAUUAGAGGAUUCUCCUUUAUCACAAUAAUGUAAUAAUGGUUGGAACAUUUUGUGACUUCAGAGAAUGCACAAAAAUAACAUCUACAGAAAGUCUAAUCUUUCAGCCAAAAACUUUAAUCUAACUGAAAUAUUAGUUACAGGUUGUGCACGUAUUAAGAAGUAUUAAAGUCAUUAAUUGGUAAUUAAUUGGUUAUAAAGGCAUAGAAAGUAAGAUAUUUUUUGCUCUUAGACAGGUGGUUUUCCAUUUCUGAGGUUAUAUUAAACAAAUAACAUCACAGAUGUAUUCUGUUUUAUUUCGAGUUUCGAUUUUUCUGGAUUCAGUUGCCUGAAAAGCUUUGCUCAUCCUGUUUUUCUGUGUAUUUCCAAACAACCUUUGCAACCAUAACAACAUCCAAACAAAAUCCAAAAGUACUGCCUGAUGUCUGUUUGUGAGCCGCGUUAUUGUGACAUUAAUAAAAUAACUUUUGAAAUAAA